GUGGCCUGGUGCACUUGCACGAACAAGCACUCAUGGUGUGGUGCUUGCGCGCCUAAUUAUUGACAAAAAAGAUUAUGGUAUUCAUUCAUUCAUUGUGCAAUUACGUGAUGAAGGACAUAAACCUAUGCCAGGCAUUGAAAUUGGAGAUAUUGGACCAAAAUAUGGAUUUAAUCAUAUUGAUAAUG